AUGCUUCUAUUAAAAAAAAUAGACAUUUUUUCAACUGAAUUUUCAUUUUAUGUUGAAAAUGAAUUGACUAGAAAGAGAACAUUUUUUGGUAUUUGUUUAACUCAUAUAACUAUCAUAAUAGGGAUAGCUUAUCUGAUCUAUUUGUCCAUUUUAUAUAAAAAUAACUAAAUAGACCCUAAAUUUAGAUCUUAGACAUUUGUAAGUGAAGAUCAAAUAGAUGUCAAUUUAAGUCAAGACCUAGUAGGAUUUAGAUUUGAAUAUCUACCUAAUAAAUACAUUGAGCAAGUUCAGUAAUAAUAAAAUAAGACUUACAUUGUUUAUAUGCCUGUUUUAUUCUACUAAAAUCUGGAAGAUUUUUAUUACUAUCCUCUAAAUAUCACAAACUGCACUAAUCCUGAUCUUGAUGGAUACAACUGCUUAGAUUUUUCUUAAUUACAAAAUUUUACGUUAACAAUUAGCACAAGAUUGAACUUUAACACUUAAAUAUUUAUCCUUGUUUAUGGAUGUUUGGAUAUUGAUAGCGUAAAAACUACAAUACCUAAUAACUGCGCUUCAUAAAAAGAAAUUGAUGAUCUUGUUAAUAAUCAAAACACAAAUCUACGUUUAAAACUGUUAACUUCUUAAUACAAUAUUACGUCUUAAAAAUUUUAAAUUAACUAUAAAAAUUAGCUUAUUUUCACAUCAGCUAAUUUGUUUAUACAAACAAAGUUGAAAGCACAAAAAUAAAGUACUAUAAUAAAGGAAGGUUUUUUAAUAUAAUCAGAAUCAACUUAUGCAGCACCAAUAAACUAUGAUACUUUUACUUAACAAUUUGACAGAGCAUAUGCAAAUCUAACCUCUGGAGUAGGGCCUUAUAUCUAAGUGUCUUUGGCUGUAGAUGAAUUACAAAUAAUGACAAAUAUUGAAUUUCCUAUAUACCCUGAAGUACUGUCUUUGGUUAACAGUAUUGUUACUCUAAUGAUGGGAAUAGGAUGUAUUGCAAGAUACUUUUCCUAAAGAUUACUUAAAUAAUAAUUUUUCCUUCUUUUUCUCCAAAACUUAUUUUAAGAAACUUAUGAAAAAUUAUUAAAAUUUAACAAAAUGUUACCAGAUAACGAAGAAGUUUGCUUUAUAAAAUCUUAACAGUGCAAUGAUGAUGUAGCAGUAGAAUUUGGUAAUCAUACAAGUAAUUAGCAAAUAAAUGUCCCUUCUUUAAUGGUUAAAUCAAAGUUAUAAUUCAUGGAUUCUCCACGAACUUAAAUGUCACCCAUUUUAACUAAAACAAAUGAAAUUAAUUUGAAUGAAUUUUAAGAUUUAUUAUUAGAAGACACUAAAUCAAGAGAAAGCAAAGCAAUAUAAAUAGAUAGGAAUGAUUUAGCUAGCAGUAGAGAAUAAUCAAAAAAAGAAAUGAGACUAUCUUAACAGGGUGAACAUUUUAAAAUAGCUAGCCCAAAAGAUAGUUCUAACUAACUAAAAUAAAAAAAUAUACCUCAGAUUUAAAAUCAUUAAUUGAGUCAGUAAUUAAGGUAACUAAAUUUAAAAAUUAACAAACGGUACGCUAGUAAAAUAAAGAAAAGUACCAUGACGAUAGAUGAAUUUUCUUAAAAACAAGCUAGAUUAUGCUAGACUUAAAAAAGUGAAAUUGAAAAAAUCAGUGAAAUUUUCUCCUAAAAAUUAAAAUCUAUUUUUAGUGAAGAAAACUUAAAAAUUAUCCAAAGUAAAAUGUUUGGCAGAUUGAAAAAAUCUUCUUAAGGAAAAUAUGAUUGUAAAAUAGAUUAGCACAUUUAGAAAGACGUAGAAUGUUAAAUAAAUAAAUGUUUAGAUAUAUUUUAACUAUACAAAGAUAUCAUAUUCUUAAAGAAAGCUGUUAUGAUUUUACUAACUAAGGAUUAACUGGCAACUUUAUAAAUAGUUGGAUUUUCUCCUAAAACUUUUGUUUAAAAAGAUAAUCAAGAAAACGAAACAUCUAAUUUGAAAGAUCUAAAGAAGAAAAACUAUUUCUAAGAAUAAAUUGAAAUAUUAGAGUCUAAAGAAUUACAAUCAUAAUAUAUUAAGAAAUUUUUUUCUAAAUUUUAAGUCGGAAAGCUAAUUAGUGAAACAGAUUACAGAAUUUUAGCAUCUAUCAUGAAUUAUGAACAAUGA